AUGGUGUUAAAUGACUUUAACAAAGGAAUCAAUAGUCCGCUCAUGCACAUAAAAUACGCUAAACAAGCGGAAAGCAUUUUGGAUUUGCGACAAAGUUUAAUUAAGCGUGGAUGUGAUUUAUUAAUAAGAUUCGGUAAACCCGAAGAUUUGGUUCCUCAAAUAACAAAAGAACUUUUAAAGAAAUAUAAAGUUUUAGGUCUUUAUUUACAAAAAGAGAUCACGCGGGAUGAAAUUUAUGUUGAAAAAUUAUUAAUUUCCCGAUCACCUGUUCCUCUCAAAUUUUUUCAUGGUUCUACCAUUUUUCAACAAAAUGAUUUUACCAGUAUACCUGAUAUAUAUAAAACAUUUCGUGAACAAGUGGAUAAACUAAAUCAUCAAUUAUUACCUAUUCCUUUAUUAAAUAUGCAUAGACACUUUCCUCCAUUUCCAAGAAUUCCAUCAAUUUAUGAUGAAACAAAUAAUUCAUUAAAUGUUUCAACAUCAGAAUUUUUAGAAAAACUUGUAUCAACACCUUGUCAUCAAAGAACCUGUAUCCCAUUUAAAGGUGGAGAAACAAGUGCUAUUGAACGGAUUAAAACAUAUCUUAAUAGUCCUGUGACUUCACCUCCACUGAAACAGUAUAAUCCACCUUUUUCUUUGGCUCCCAAGAAACCACAAAGAGCUUUGGCACCAAUUGCAAAAUAUAAACAAACCCGCAACAAUUUAAUGGGAAUAAAUUAUUCAUCCAAAUUAUCACCUUUCUUAACAUUUGGAUGUUUAUCUCCCAGAUUGGCUUAUCAAAAAAUUGUUGAUUAUGAAUCAAAGAAACCAGGAGGAGAAACUGAAUCAACUUACUUAAUUAAAUCACAAUUAUUAUGGAGAGAUUAUUUUAAAUUUAUGGCUGAAAAAUAUGGUAAUUUCUUAUUUCAUAUUGAUGGAUUUGCUGGAGCUCUCAAACUUGAAAGAAUUAAAAAUAGAAGGAAAAAAUGGAAUCAAGAUUUUGAUAAGUUUCAGAAAUGGGCAAAUGGAAUGACUGGAAUACCUUGGAUAGAUGCUAAUAUGAGACAACUUAAAGAAACAGGGCAUGUAUUUGUUUCUUCAAGUUUCUUGGUAAAAGAUUUACGUCUCGACUGGCGAAUGGGAGCUGAAUUGUUUGAAUGCUUAUUAGUAGAUCAUGAUGUUUUUGCGGGAAUAGGAAAUGAUCCUAAAGGAGAAUUAUUAUAUUUUAAUAUAAUAAAACAAGCCAAAGAAUUUGAUCCACAUGGUGUUUUUGUUAGAGUGUGGUGUCCUGAAUUAUCCAAAGUACCUUAUGAGAAAGCUCAUAUACCUUGGAUUAUGACAUUUGAAGAACAAAAAAGAAGUGGAUGUAUAAUUGGAGAAAAUUAUCCAAAACCUAUGAUCGAAAGGCAAUAUAAGAUCUUAAAAACUAGAUUCUUUGAAGCAAUAAAAAAAGGAGGAUAA